AUGCAUUGUCGCUUGUGUCUCUGCCGCCUACGCUAUGACAAUGUCUCUGCAUGCGUUCUUCUUUUAGCAUCUCUGCCUACCAUCUUUGUCAUAGUUGUUCCACCUCUACCCACCCUCUCCUUUGUCCCUGUGCUGCUUAUUGCACCAAGGAUGGCUUCAAAUUCAAGCUCGAAGAAAAACAAAGGUCGCCACAAGAUCGAGAUGAAGAAGAUGAUGAAGGAGAGCAACUUGCAAGUGACAUUCUCAAAGCGUCGCGGUGGGCUUUUCAAGAAAGCGAGCGAGCUAAGCACCCUUUGCGGUGUUGAGUUGGCACUCAUCGUGUUCUCGCCGGGGAACAAGGCCUAUUCUUUUGGGCACCCCAGCGUGGAAGCCCUCAUCAAAAGCUUCACGGAAGGUGGGGGCCCGCCACACCUGGACGCUGCCACCGUCCACUUCACGACGGAGGCUCAUGAUGAGCUCAACACAUUGCUGGCGAAGAUCAACGAGGAGAUCGAAGCGGAGAGGAAGCAGUUGCAGGAGAUGAACCGCUGGCGGAAGGAGGCAGAGGCUAAGUGGUGGUGGGCUGCUCCUGUUGGUGAGAUGAGUGUGCCCAAACUGAAGCAAUAUAAGGUGGCGCUGGAGAAGCUGAAGAAGACCGUUACUUGCCACUUCGAGAAGCUUCGUAUUAAUAAAGACCCUGUGACUGUGGGGAAUUAUACUCCUAAUAACAUGAUGCGGCUGCCUGUGCAUGUGCCGAUGCAAGUGUCGUUGCCGAUAUUUUUCUCGUCACUGUUUCAAAACUCUCAAAUGCAUAAUCAUCAUCAAGCAUUUCAAGAUGAGAUCCCGUACCACCAAUUUUAUAGCUACACUGCCAUGUUGCAACAGGGAGGAGGAUCCUCCUUUGAACCAUACACUCGUCAUAACUAA